AUGGAGCCCUCAACGCCGUCACCCCCGCCAUCCGGCGUUCGCACUCCUCCCACCCCUAAGCAUGGCUUUGGCGACCACUGGGAUCCUUAUUCGCCUCGAAAGUCUGCUCGCAUUUCUGCCCAGCGCGCUGGCAACCGAACCCCCGCCUCGCACCUCCUCUCACAUCAACCACGACCCAUUUGGCCCCGGCCCCGCGAGGAAGGUGCGCACCCAAGCAACCUCCGUGGCGGGCAUGGUCUCGCCUUUGAGUCGCCCAAGAAGAGAGUGCGAACGUCUGCUGCUGUUGAUUCCAACUCUUUCACACCCCCACAAACUGGUCGCCUCAGUGCUCACUCUUCAGCCAGAGCGUCGUCCUCUCUCGGUCUCGACAAGUCUUCCACCCUCCAAACGUCAAGCACAACCAUUUCGCGCGUCGCCGGAAUGAUUCCUACCCCAGCCAAAACGCCCAAGAAGGCGCCGGUGGAAAAGAACGCCGGAAUCCAGGCCAUUGCCCGAAAUCUAUUCGCGUCUGACGAGGAAAUUAUGCCCAGCCCUUCAAAGGCGCGCGCCAAGAAGUACACGGGCAUUUCGCUCGAAAGCUUCACAGCGGAGGAGGAUGAGACUCCUAUUGAAAUUUUCACUGACUCAAAAGAGCGCAUUCCUAACAAGGAGGUGAGCGCGGACAACCCAUUCUACGGAAACGCCAGCCGAGAUGCGCAAGAACCCGUAAAGCGGCGAAGCAAGCGCAACAAGGUCCACGUCCCGGGAGAAGGUCGCCAAACAAUUGAGGACGCUAUGGGGCGAGAGGACGGCCUAGUUUACGUAUUCCGGGGAAAGAGGAUUUUCCGCAAGUUUGCAGAGGCGGACCCCGCUGACGCUGAGGCGCUUGAAGACGGCGAGGAGCCAUCUAUGCGCCGCAUGACCCGAUCCACGAUGAAACCGCGCCUUCUCUUCCCCACCAAGCCCCAAGAGCCGAGCGAGCUCGAGGCAGAAGAAGCCGAUACCGACGUCGAGCUCGGACCAGAAGACAUGGAGACGACCGAGGCCCCCGACACCCCCGUGACCAAGAAGGAGGAACGACCGACAACCCCCAGCGCACCCGGCUACUCACCCAUGUCCCCCUGA